AUGCCUCUAACAACACCGGUUUUGACGGUGGAUGCCGAUAAUAUUCACAAGGUCGACACCGCCAAUGCUCAAAGCCUUCAUGGAAUGUGGAUGGUAUUCUCCAAAUGUGCCGACUACAUGGAUCAGGGCCGUCGGCUUGAGAACCUCAGCUGGCGUCUAUGGACCCGUGAAACCUUCUGCGUUGAGCCCGAGAAAUCAAGCGAGGUCUCGGUUCUCCCGAAAUUGCGCUCCGAUGCUGGCGAUCUCCCGGAGCUCUCCGCGAGUGUUGAGUCGGCUGCGUCCGAUCAAGCCGAGCGCAUCGAAGCUCAUAUCAAGCGCCCGCAAUUCUCUGACUACAGACCCGCCGUGGUACGUGAAGACUCCCUGUCCAGCCUCGGCCGUGGCAAGGAGAAGCACAUCACCUCGCUCGACCUCGAGCGUAUGGUCCUCAACAUCAAAGAGCGGAAAUGUCUAGAACCUCUGACCCCGACGAUCGAGCCUGCUGCGCCCGUCGUCGAUAUCACCCCGCGACCCUCGACUCCUACUCCGACUCCUCCUUCGAUCUCUACCGUUCGUCAGGUUCCCUCAUUCCCUCGACCUUCCCCUCGACCCUCCCCGAUUCCCCGUGAAUCGACCGAAUCUUGCUCAACAACCGCCCCCGAAGGCAAUGACAGUGAUACGGCACAACUCAAUGCGUCCGACACCAGUGUUUCUUCAUCGGGCGUCCUUCCGACUCGACCUGAACUGAUCAAGUCACCAAGCGUUGUUCGGGGAUUUUCUCCGUCGCAUAUCUCAUCUUCCUAUCGGUCGCAACCUAAGCUGUCUGUCGACCCGAGCCCCGCCCGCAGUGCUACUCAACUCAAGCCGUCCCCUCUUAAGAAGAAGGGAGGUAUGUUUAUGCUCGGUGGUUCCUCCGGAGAUGAUGAUGAGAGUUCCUUUGAAGACCGCAUGGUCCGCCCGCAGGCACUACAGCAGAAGAUGCCCAAUGGAUCAUCAUUGAAGCCUACCACUAGCAACCCGAGUCCCUCCAAGAAGGUUGCCUCUUUUAGUGAUGAAGUUGCCACCCGGACUAUUCGACCUUCCAAGAGUCCCCUCAGCGCCGACGAGGAUGCCAUCGAAACCGACGACGAGGUCUCCGAGAGCGCCAUUGAGGACGACGAGGACUCUGAUUGGGAAGACUCCAUUACCGAAAGUGGUACUGCGAGCAUUGACGAACGACCUGAGAUGUUCCAACGGGUGGAUUCUCGCCCGAAUUUGGUAUCCCGCCGGUCGCUCCUCACCAUGAUGAUGCACCAGCCGACCAAGAUGAACAUGAAUGGAAACGCAUUCCGGUCCAGUCCCGCCCUACAGCGAUCCCGCCUGACAUCACCAAAUGGCCCAUCUAUCCCCACAUCGCCUCCCGAAAACGACGAGGAGAGUCUCACUAUGCGUGGUCCUGACGUACCUCGAUCCAAACCCAUCGGUAUGAAGACGCCUGGACCUCAGUCAGUCGCUCACUCGCCACGUACCACCCGCCGCAACAUGCUUGCGACCGAAUUGACCGAGUCCCUUCGCCGACACCUUCUCUGGGAGCGCCAGCAAAAGAGCGCGACCGCCAAUGCGUUCAAGCGACGCCACACCACCCAUGACAUGAAGAAUCUCCAGGAGUACCCCGGCCCGAAAGGACCUCACCAGGCUCCUGGUGGAGGCCCAUCUGGGACUGCGGACGCGAACGCGGCCAACCAAGCAUCCAAGGAUCUCGCUAAGAACGGCUCUUGGACCAAUUACGCGACAGACUUCGGCCCCUGGGAAUACCACGUCAAGGGGUGGUAA